UCAUCAAAUGCAAACGAAAGUCGUACGUUUACAUAUGUAUGUCAUUCGUAAUUUUUAUAAUAAUUUAUUUUGACUUCAGUGCUUUAAGAAAAGAGGUGUGUCUUGCAAUAAUAAAUGAAAUGAAAAUUUCCGAUUAAUAAUGCCAAAAAAUAUAUUGCUGAAAAAAUUAAAAGAUUUCUGUCCGAAAUUAAAGCGAAGAGUGCAUAUAAAAUCGAUACAGAAACUUCGACAGAUUGAUUAUGCGUUGAAUUGUAGUUGAUCUACUUCCUGCCCAUGAGCACAGACCGUAUCCGCUCUCUACUCUUGAUUCUGCGAUCUCGCUUUAUUGCGGUUUCUGACCUCCUUUACAGUUUCACGUCUCGUUCAAUCUUCUUGAAUUCCAUAAAAUCUUUUCAAUGAAAUUAUGUAACAAAUAAUUUAAAUUGUAAUGAAAUGACUUAUUCAAGCCAGUAAUGGUCAUUAAAUUUGGCUGCAGAGUAUCUAAAUAACGGAGUUAAUAAAUUGUGCGGUCUUCACAAUGAUAUUUUAAUUCUAAUAAUUAAUGCACUAGAAUAGUCGUACAUUACUUGUGCAUAACCAGUAAAAGAUAGUAGAUUAUGCAUAUAGUACUGAGCAAUAGUACAUACUAUACUUUUGAACGUAUGCACAUUUAGGUGUAAUGUAGACUUCUUUUGGAUGAAGUCUGGUGUGGAGGGAGAUGUUCUUCUCCACACCACUUCACUUGCCACUAAUUUUGGAAGAUUCAUAUAUAUAUAAAUUAUAUAUAUUUUAAGAGCUUGUAAAUUCCAAAAAUUUUUAAUUUUUAAAUCCUCGAUACAAACGAAAUCGAACACACUUUCAAAGGCAUUGAGUGAUUUAAAAUUUAAAGAUGGCACUUACAUCACAUUUCCUGCCUAUACGUUGCUAGGCAACGUUCCGAUGCAAAAAUAUUAAAUGGAUGUAAAUAAAUAUGCAUAUAAAAUGGCAGCUACUAUAUUUGUACUUCGUGUAAUAAAUUUAAGUUGUUUUACUAUAAAAUAAUAAUGUAUGUUGCACCAGUGGUGUAUUAGUAAAUAUGUCCACACAAGACAUCGAUUUUAUUAAAGGAUAUGCAUUAAAUACAGAAAAUCAGCCAGAACAAAAUCUGAGUCUAUGUUCUGUACAUCCUAUUAUAAGUCAAGAUCACAAAACUAACGUUCUUACAACUGAUAAUAGAAAUCCGCGAAAAUUAAGCCAAAAAACGGACUUGGCUGAAGAUGGAUUAUAUGCAUCUGACAGUCCUUUUAUUUACAGUGACAUUAGAUUUCCCCAAUUUAGUGACAUGAAAAUUGUGGAAUAUGAAUCAAAGAAUAAAUAUUAUGGGAAACUUGUAGAAAUUGUAAUUCGAGAAGUUAACAUCAACACGUUAACUGAUGAAACAGUUGAAAUAACAUCUGUUUCUUUAUUAUUUAAAAAAAAGAUUAUAUGCAAGGCAAAUAGUCCCUUUAACAGAAAACUGCACAAAUUAUUAAUUCGAAAUAAGGAAUGUAAUAAUCUUUCAAUACAAGUACACAUCAAAGGUGGGCAGUCCAGUAUAUUACCAUUACCAUUACCAAAGCGUAAUGUUGAAAAUAGUAAAGUUGAAAUUGAUUUUGCGAUAAGUGAUAAUCUAGGUAAAAUACAUGCUGGUACAGUAAUAUGUACAGUUAAUGUAAAUAAUUAUGGGGAACACAAUCAAGAACCUUACACAUUUCAGGUGUAUAAAUUGAGUAAUGAUCCAAAUGAUCCUCAGAAUAAUUUGUCCUUACUUAGGCUACCCAAAAAUAUUUUUAAGAAAGAAGUAAAGUAUUUUUUGUUGGAAGAUCAAGCAUUAACGUUUAAUACAGAUUUAGAUGACAUUGUUACAAAGAAAACCCAAACAGAAGAAGUAAAGUCACCAGAUAUAGUUGUUACAGAACAGCCUGCACUCUCUUUACUUGAUACAUUAUUUAGAAACUUAUUUCGAAUUAAACAACCCCUAGAAUCAUCAUCUGGAACCCGUAGACAUCAUACAAUAGGGAAAACAAUUUUGGCUGUUACCAUUUUAAGAGGAAUAGAAAUACCAGUUAGAGAAGAAUCAGCUCUAGUUCAACCUUUUAUAGAAGUUGAAUGGGGUAAUACGGUUCAUGCAACAUCCAUAGCAGAUGGUCCAGCACCUGUAUGGCAACAAACAGUGCAAUUUGAGUUACCAAGACAGAAUGAUGAAUAUUGUAUAAAAUUUCGUUUGUAUGAUCUUCAUCCUGUUUGGGGUCAGCAAUGGUUAGGUGAAACAAGAAUUCCUCUUGAGCAUCAUAGAAAUUAUCAAGAACUUGAACGAUGGAUUACACUAUCACCUUUAUUCAGUCCUGUAUUACUUUUUGGCUAUAUACAGGCUAGUCCUGGUCAAUCAUGUACUCGAAUUUAUGUUUUAAUUAAAAUGGAACAUCCUAAUACUCCCAAAUCUGUUGAAAAUACUGCUACAAGUACAUUACUAAAAGGUAUUCAACGUUGUCUUGUUACACCAUAUAAAAUUAAUGGCUUAGAAAAUCCAAAAGAUGCUGCAAGAAUGGUGAUGUUUUUACCUUCAUUACCAAUUCAUUAUGGUCCAAUUACACCACGUCAAGCAUUAAAUAUAAGAAAAGUAGAUCACUAUGGAAGAGCAGCUUUACUAGCAGUGUUAUUACAAAGCUUUGAUUUACAAACAUAUGUUUUAUUAGGUUCAUCACAAAUAAGUAAAGUGACUGCAUUUGUUCUGAGUAUCAGUAGUAAUGGCAUAUAUAUGUUGUGGGAUCCAGAAACUGGGAAUUAUCAUAAAUUGGAUGAUAGUCAUUGUCCUUUAAUGAAGGUUUCCCGUUUAAUUAAUCAUUUUGGUAUAUGGGAAAAUUUGCAAAAAUCCAUUUUACCUCACAAUCUGAAGUACGAUGUGAAAUCAAGUAAAGAGUGGCGACCCAUUGAUACUAUUACAUCAGGAAAAAGUGAUCACAAUGUACAAACACUUGAGAUUCAUAUUACAGAUGAAGAUGUUAAGCAAAUUAAAAGGACUGCUAUGGAUAUAGAACAAUGUUUAAAGGAUAAAUUGGCUCAUUGGCGUAGUACAAUUGGUUUAACAACUAUAUUUAAUCGACAUGCAACUGCUAUUUUAAGAAGUUUCAUGUCUAAGGUAGAACCUUUUUCAGAAAUACAAUUAGGAAAAAAAGACUUAAAACACCUAUAUAGAGCUUACCACAUUCACGGUUUUGUGUUAAAUAAACGCGAGUGUCCUGUAGAUGAAUUGUGCAAAGAUUUAUAUGCAACAAAGGUUUAUGAUAUUAAUGGACCAGUUGAAUUUGCUGUUGUAUGUCACGUACAAUCUUACAUUGGUAAAAUCUCCUCAAUUUGGAUAGCCAUUAUAAUCCUUAGAAGCCAUGAUUAAAUUAUUUGACAAUAUAGUUUUAUAAUAUGUAGGAUAUAAUAUUUGCUAACUAUAUUUAUUUGUAUAUUUCUUUGAACUUAAUAGUACAAUGCGUGUAAAAUAUGUCAAAUAAUUACAUUUUAUCACAUAGAAACUCUGCAAAAGCUAUUUCUUCUAAUAGAAAUGAUUAAAUAUGCGUGUUUAUUAAAAUUUCAUAUACAAAAGAGUAUCUGACAAAAGAUUGCAUAAAAAGUGUAAUUGAACAAUGUGUUUUAAAAUAUUAUGUAAAAUCGCAAUUUUUUGUCAGUAGUAUCAAAUGUAAAAUGUAUGAAGGUAUUGAAAAAUGUAUAAAAUUUCGGUAGAUAAGCUAAUCAGAAUACUAACAACCACAUAGAGUACUAAAAUGUGGAAUUAGAAAUUCAUAAUACAAACGUAUUUUUAACUCCUAAUUAAGAAACAAUCUUUCUAGUAUCCGUUUGUUUAAUUUUAAUAUAUAUUUUGUAUCAAAAUUGUUUGUUGUUCUUUAAA